UUUCUUCGUUGGCCGUACAAACCAGAGAGAGAGAGAGAAGGGAAGAGAGAAAGGGCGAAAGAGAAGUGCAGAGAAAAGCUGAAUGAAACAAUAAAGAAACAAGGCUGUGGUCUCUUCCUCUCUUUCUCUCUCAAAAAGGGAAUCUCUUUACUUGCUUGCUUCUCAUUCGCUCUUUUCGGUUUUUUCCUUCUGCUUUAAUCCCCAUCUCCUUUUGUUCUCCUGGAAAUAGUCAGGGCCCCUUGUUGAAAGAAGAUGCUCGGAAAUUGAGAGCCCAACGAAUCCUUCCAAUUAAAUUCUCAGCUUUCUUGAUCGAAUUGCAAGAGUCUGAGGGGUAUUUUCCUAGAAAAUGGAGAAUUUUGGUGGGAAAAAGAGAUCCGCAAUCAAUCUGAAGCUGUUCACCACUCUCUCGGAGUCAUUUUCCAGUCCAAACCCAACAAAAUCCCCAAGGAACUUCCAAGACGGAGUGGUUGGGCUAGGCAUAGUAGCCGCUAUGACUGAUUCCAGCAAUACCCAUGAAGCUAUUUGCUUUGCUCGAUCGCCAAGAUCCACCCCCAUACCAAUAGUAUCAUCCGCUAAAGCAGCAGCCAACUUCAGAGGUGGCCGUAAUUCGGAGAGCUUGGAUGAAUUAUCUGAGAAUUACACUUGUGUAAUUUCUCAUUUUGGCGACAAUUUGAUCAAGAAACAUGUUUACUUUGGUGAUGAAGAGAAGAAUUCCAGUGUUUUCACUGCCUCCUCUUCUUCGGCUAAUAAAAGUGAUGUUGGUCAAGUCAAGAGGGAGAUUUGGAGUGAUGACUUUUUGAGUUCUUGUCAUCUUUGCAAGAGGGAACUUCAUGGUUUGGACAUUUUCAUGUACAGAGGGGAAAGAGCAUAUUGCAGUGCAGAGUGCCGUGACAAACAAAUAACAAGUGAUGAUCACAAAGAAAUAUGUGGGCGUGAAGCCAGGAAGCAACUCGACUGCUCUGUGUCUCCUUGCUCUGGGCCGGAGGUGUUCUUCGCAGGGGUUGCUGCCGCAUAAUAGACAGUUUAAUCAAACACCUAUAUAUAUAUAUAUAUAGAAGGAAGGGGAGGAAACAGCGUUCAUUGGAAAGGAUGUCUGAAUGAAAAAACCAAUAGUUUGUUUGUAUGAGCUAGGAGCGGCACCUUGCAGCAUUCUGAUUGCAAGAAUCCUUCCUUGAGAGGCAUAUGAGAUUUCUUUCCUUUUGGCAUUCAGAAAUUUAGAAACCCCCCAAAAAAUGUUUUCUAAUAUCUUCAAUUUCAGCAGUGUUCACUAUAUUAAUUAUUA